CUUCACUGCUGUAGUUAUAGAAGAAGCCAGGGUUUUCUCCUCUCCCACGGCCUCGGCCCCUCAUCAUCCCACGAAACCCACGGCCCCUAGGUCCUCUCCAGAAGUUAUCCUCUCCCGUUCCACGCCCCCUUCCACGACCUGGGCUGGCGACCGGUCCUUGAAUACUGGUUGGCAACAGUUUAGUACUGUUUCUUACUAUGGAAUUACUCAUUCCAGCAUUUGCUGUGGGUUUUUUAAUAACAAGUGUUUCUGAAUCUGAACUGUCAGAUUCUGAAGAGGAGGAAGUCUUUGCUUUGGGAGCACUGGUGGUACUGGCUUUUACAGCUGCUACAUUGUUAGGCAAUGACUUUUCCUGUGUGGUACUGUCUUGUGCUGGUGCCACUUUCUCAUCCUCUGUACUUGAGUCAGAAUCCUCGCUAGAGGACUGUGAUUUUUUAGCAGUCUUACUAACUGCAGUCUUAGUGGAAUUUUCAGCUUUAGAUUUUACAGUCACUUUAUUAGAAAUAGCAGUUUUCACCUCAGAGUUUGUAGCAGCUUGGGAUUUGUCUCUGGGAAGUGUUGCCACUGCAGGUUUAUGGGAAGAUUUAUUUUGCUUUAUAUUUAAUUCACUGCUGUCGCUGUCAGAUGACGUGCUGGAGGAAUCUGAAGUUCCCACCCUCUUUUUCCUGGACUCUGUUGUCAAUUUUUUGGUGUUAUUUUUACCAGAAUUUAAAGAAAAGCUGUCAUUUUCCUGUUCUAAAGCCACCUUUGCUGCAGCGACCUUUGUGUGCUUUCCAUCCUUUGUUUUUGUUGCCAACUGUUUCUCCCUCUCUGCUUUUUUAAGCUUUUUAGAUCGGUCAGUAGGGCUCUCUUCCUUACCUUCUGUGAGUCUACUUCCACUAGCUUCUUCUUUUCUUUUUCGUUUCUUGUGUUUCUUUUGAGAGUCCAAAAUAUCUAGAGAGGUCUCUUCUCUACAAGAGGAAUACUCAGGGUUAUGUUUAUUCUUCUUCUUUUCCUUUUUAUGCCUGUCAUCUUCACUCCUAGACAAUCCCUCCUCUUUCUGCUUUCGUUUAUGCCUUUUUUUGCCUUUGCUUGGUGUAUAGGAGAAGUCAUCAUCCGCCUCUUCAUCAUCACCAUCCGCGAGUACCCCUUCCAGCUUCACUCUCAGCGCGUCGUUGUCCCGCACCAGGCGGGCGCUCUCGGUGGGCGGCAGCAGCGCCCCCUCCAGGAAGAGGCUGAGGCGGGCCCGGCGGCUGAAGCCGAACCUGUGGCGGAUGAUGCUGACGAGGUCGGUGACGAGCCGCGCCUGGCCAGGCUCGAGCAGCAGCCAGCACAGCGCGCAGCCGGGGCUGCCCGGCGGCGGGUGGUCGAACAGCAGCCGCAGGCGGAGCGGGCCGCUGCCGCCGGGCGCCGCCAUGUUGCGGCGGGAAGAGGAGGAGGAGGAGGAGGAGGAAGAGGAGGAGGAAGGGGAGGGGAGAGGAGGUCGGAGGGGCGGUGCAGCAGCCGCCCGCGUGACAGCGGCGGGAGGAUGGCGCCGCGCCGGGCUGGGGCCGUGCUGGGGCUGGGGCUGGGGCUGGCGGCGCUUGCGGCAGGUGUGGUGCUGAAGCAACCCCAAGAACCCAAAGAGCUGUGGGGAUAUGUGCAAGUCCGAAGUAAAGCCCACAUGUUCUGGUGGCUCUACUACGCGAACAACCCAACCAAAGACUUCACAGAGCUGCCUCUCAUCAUGUGGCUUCAGGGAGGUCCAGGAGCUUCAGGCUGCGGAUUUGGGAACUUUGAAGAGAUUGGUCCGUUAGACAAAGAAAUGAAACCAAGAAAUACAACCUGGUUGCAGGCAGCCAGUAUCUUGUUUGUGGAUAAUCCUGUCGGCACUGGAUUCAGUUAUGUGGAUGACUGCAGCUUGUUUGCCAAAAACCUUACCACAGUAGUCUCUGAUAUGAUGGUUUUUCUUAGAGAUUUUUUCACGCAUAGAACAGAAUUCCAGACCAUCCCAUUCUACAUAUUUUCUGAAUCUUAUGGAGGUAAAAUGGCUGCUGGCAUUGCCUUAGCGCUUCAUGAGGCUGUUCAAAAAGGAAGUAUAAAGUGCAAUUUUGUUGGGACUGCUCUUGGAGACUCAUGGAUUUCUCCUCUGGAUUCUGUGCUGUCUUGGGGGCCCUAUCUUUAUAGCACCUCUCUCCUCGAUGAUCACGGUCUAGCAGAGGUGACUGCUGUUGCUAAAGAAAUAAUGGAUGCAAUAAAUAAAAAUCAAUAUGGACUGGCCACUGAGCUCUGGAGCAAGGCUGAAGGUGUCAUUGAAGAGAACACAGACAAUGUGAACUUUUAUAACAUCAUGACUAAGGAAGUUCCAGAAAUGAAAGCAAAUGAACAAGAAAAUCUUCAUCUCAUUAGACUUUACCAACGCCAUGUCAAAAAUAUGCAUAAGAACAGCCUAAAUGAAUUGAUGAAUGGACCCAUCAGAAAGAAGCUAAAAAUUAUUCCUGACUGUGUGAAAUGGGGAGGUCAGUCCACAAAAGUCUUCGAGAACAUGGCUGAGGACUUCAUGAAACCUGUCAUUGACAUUGUUGAUCAGCUUUUAGCAGCCAACGUCAAUGUUACAGUCUAUAACGGGCAGCUGGAUCUCAUUGUUGACACCAUGGGCCAGGAGGCAUGGAUCCGGAAACUGAAAUGGCCCAGUUUGGACCAGUUCAGCCAACAGAGGUGGAAGGCGCUUUAUGUGUCUCCAGAAUCCACUGAGACAGCUGCUUUCCACAAGGCCUAUGAGAACUUUGCUUUCUUCUGGAUUCUUAAGGCUGGGCACAUGGUACCGUCUGAUCAAGGAGAGAUGGCACUGAAAAUGGUCAGGAUUGUGACCCAACAGAAGCACUAGGGAAGGGGCGGCCAGCUGGUAUGGCCUCCUGCUGAACGCUGUGUUCCUGCAGAAUGUGAGUCCAGAACAAAUAAGCCGCAGCAGGAACAACUGGUACACAUAGCUUCUCUGGACACAUAGCUUCUCUGAUCUUGAUGAUGUGUGAAAGCAUUUAUGAAAAGACAUAUUUCUCCUUGAAUAAGUUGUUUCUUUUGAAUUAGAAAGAUGUGAUUUGCUGCCUCAAUACUGUUUGUAAUGACUCUUCCAGGAGGAACUCCUCUGUCAUAAACAACUAGCAAUAAGCCUUUGCCUUUGUCUUGGAAGGAUUUUGUGCUUUUGUAAAAAAGCUGCCCUACCCCAAAUGUUCUCUUGUCUGUUCACAGACCAAGACUAAAACUGAUUUGCAUCCUGA